AUGGGUACGGGGUUCGUCAUCGGCGUGCUUGGAGUUCUGAUCCUUUCCCACGCGGCCUACUCUACCAUACAGUAUAGAGCGUUGCUUAAGAUCACAGAGGAGGAGUUCUCUGGACCCCCUAUCAACGUAAUCUAUCUCUUUCCCAUGGAAUUUUUUGUCGUAUUGGAGCUGAUUUUUGGAUUGAUUUUGUGCGUGUGGGCUGCACUGACUGUGCCAGGGAAGUUUUUAUCUAUACUCCCUGAUUCAGAUGAGAACAGGGUGGUUGCUUUAUCCGACAAUAUGGAUUUCAUGAUGUUCAAUCAUCGUGGAAGAGCAUUUCCUUCAGAAAUUAAUAUGAAGCUGAAGUCACUGUAG